UACUGCCCGUGUGCAAUGACUGUGGGCCUGGGGCAGUGCACCAGCAGUAUAAAAGGGGGCCCGUCUCCUCUCUCUCAGUCAUCCACUCCUCUUGCCUUCAUCUCCCUGGGAACAAGGUGCCCCUCCAGACACAAGACAUGUCCUGCUACGACCAGUGCCUGCCACGCCUGCAAUGCCGGCCCUGUGGCCCGACCCCGCUGGCCAACAGCUGCAAACGAGUCCUGCGUCAGGCAGUGCCAGGACUCCAACGUCUUCAUCCAGCCCUCUCCCGUGGUGGUGACCCUGCCCGGACCCAUCCUCAGCUCCUUCCCGCAGAACACCGCCGUGGGAUCCUCCACCUCCGCUGCCGUUGGCAGCAUCCUCAGCUCUGAGGGUGUGCCCAUCUCCUCUGGAGGCUUUGGAGGCUUUGGCCUCUCCGGCUUCAGCAGCCGCUUGUGUGGCAGGCGGUGCUUCCCCUGCUAAAGCUGCUGGCCUGGAGGUCCUGGCAAAAGACCUCCGUAGUCCGUGAAGUUUGAAGAAGACCUGAGGGAGAGCACUGGGGCUAACCUCAUCUCUCAGAAAACAUGCUCCAUGACUUCUUUUCCCCUCUCCCAUCAUUUUUUUUUCUUUUUUUUUUCCCCUGUGUCAUUCCUGCUCACUGUCAGCUGUCCUGGACUGUGACUACCACUGAAUCAGUCUUGGAAGGACUUACUGGCCCUAUGCCGUCUGUGCAAAGGGCAGAUGAACAGCUGGAGGCACGGCUGCCAUGGCCAUGCUGUGCAGACUCUCAUCUGCCCCUGGUGCUUCUGACAGCAGGGCCUCCCCUUGCACUGACCUUGUUUCCAAAUUUUCGCUCAUUAAAGAUUUAAUGCAUUUGAAUCUGCA